UUAUGUCAUUAUGCGUUACGCUUAAUUCAGCAACUGAAUUUCUUUACUACUGCAAUCAUACUUCCGCCUUGCUUGUAUUAACUUUUGUGUAAAUGAAAUUCGUCUUUUUAAGGAUUUAACAAAAGUAGAGGAAUGGGACCACUUUUAGCAACAACAGCGCUGCUUCUUCUAUUUCACACGGAAUUUGUUCUUACAGAGUGUUCUCCUGGGUGCAUUUCUUGUCUUGACUCAAGAUGCACAAAUUGUGAACCAUCGUACUAUUUAGCCGAUAACAAUUGCCAUCCUUGCCCAGACAAUUGCCUUAGCUGUACAGACCAGACUAACUGCACGAAAUGUAAAUCUAACAAGUGGGGUACAGGUUUGUCACAGUGCUUCCAAGACUGUAGUAAAGAGUGUCUAAAUGGUGAAUGUCAUGAUGACACUGGAUACUGUUUAAAUUGUGAACAUGGAAAAUAUGGACUUACAUGCCAACAAAAUUGUAGUAUCUGUCAGAACGAUAAUUGUGAUUUAUAUAGAUGUGUUGAAGGAUGUAAAUCAGGAUACUUUGAAUAUCAGACUUUUAAUGAUAUCUUUUGUCGGAAAUGUCCAAAGGAUUGUAAAGAAUGUGAAAACGGUAAUGUUUGUCAAAUAUGCAACGACGGCUUUUAUUUGAAUCAACUUUAUUACAAUGGCAACACAUAUGUUAACUGUGCUAAAUGUUUUAAUGAAAAUGAAUGUUCAAAUGUUUGUUUCAUUCAAGGAUGUAAAUUAUGUCAAUUGGUUGAUAACAAGCCAAGAUGCUCAGAUUGCUCUGAGGGAGAAAUAUUUAACGGCAAUUCAUGUGAACAAAUUGCGCACAAGUGCUCACAGGGAUGUUCUACUAACUGUGACAGUUAUGGUAUAUGUUUAGGAAACUGUAAUGAUGGUUGGGCUGGUGAAAGAUGUACCGAAAGAUGUAAUGAAAAAUGCUUGAUAUGCUCAAACAAUGACAGGACUAUUUGUGUACAGUGUAAUGGCAACUUUUACUCAAACAAUUGCAGUUUACUUUGUAGUAAAUCAUGUAAAAUAGAAGAAGGUAAACAAACAUGCACAUUAGAAGACGGUUAUUGCUUAAAUGGAUGUGAACAAAACUACUGGGGCGACACCUGUAUUAACUCCUGUUCUGAGAAUUGCCAAGAUCAUGACUGUGAUAGAAGCACAGGUACAUGUACGAGAGGAUGUAAGGAAGGAUAUUCCUGUGAUAAGUGUGGUCCAAUUACUACAAUAAAUAAAAAAGGUUAA